AUGACAUCUGAAUCCUCUUCUUUUGUUCAACUAGCCAUUCCAAAAUUUGAUGGGCAUUAUGAUCAUUGGUCAAUGCUCAUGGAAAACUUUAUGUGCUCAAAGGAGUAUUGGAGUAUGGUGGAGAAUGGAGAUUCUGCUGCAGCAGAAGGUGUGACUCUAACAGAUCUACAAAAGAAGACCUUUGAAGAACAAAAAUUGAAAGACUUGAAGGCGAAGAAUUUUCUAUUUCAAGCACUAGAUCGUUCUGUUCUGGAGACAAUUCUUCGAAAGGACACAGCAAAGAAUACAUGGGAUUCAUUGAAGCAGAAAUAUCAAGGUACAACUCGAGUUAAACGAGCACAGCUGCAAGCCCUUCCUAAAGAGUUUGAAAUUCUCCAUAUGACAAAUAGAGAAACCGUGAAUGAAUACAUCACUCGAACUCUUUCCAUUGCUAAUAAAAUGAAAGCAAAUGGUGAAUACAAGGGAGAUAGUAGCUUGCUUGUGCAUGAACAACGUAUGAGCUCGCAAACCAUUGAAGAGCAUGCCUUAAAAACAUCUCAUGGAGAUCAAUAUGGAGGAAGAGAUCGUGGUAAUGGACGAGGUGGCAGCGGAAGAGGAUGA